AUGAAGUUGGCGCAAGGGUCCUUGAAGCUUCGUUUUAAAAAACAUUGCGCUCAUGAGCAUGUGCAUUUUCUCCAAAUGUCAUGGAAACUUCGGGGACUCGACGCCCAGCAUCUGUCAGUUCAAAGUCCUCCAAGCUUUCCUCAGCAACGGCUUCAGAUAAGUCCUUGUUUUUUUAUAUUCCCUUUAAGAAAACAAAAAAGAGAAAAAGUCGUUUUAAUAGCAAAAAAAAAAAAAAAAAAAGGGGUAAUGAAUCAUAAAGGGACAGAAUUUAAAAAUGUCAUUAAGGAAAUCCACAAAAAAAAAUCAUUUGAAUGA